CUGGGCAGGAGAGGUUAACAGGUGGGGCCGGUUUCUCUUUUGUUGAGAAUGGCGUCUGCUCGGAACGGCGCUCGGGGGGGUUGGAGAGACUUGCCUCAGAGGACUCGACGGUCGGGGUCGCCGUUAAGUAAGGGUAUUAGCAAGAUCUUUGCGGCAGGGAGAAACGGCCCUCAUGUCGAUGUAAGAGGCCCUGCAGUUGCCGCUGCAGGGCAGACGGGGCAGGCGAACCAUCGCGGCGCUCCAUUUACUGAAGUAACUAGGGAGAAAGGAGAGGGUAAGGAGUCGCAGAAAGAGGAGAGACGGCGCACUGGGGAUACUAGGAUGAUGCACAGCGAGCCCGGCGACAGCAAACACAGGUCCACUUCUUCUUCCGCAUUGGCAAGCGUUCAACUGGCAACUCAAACGGCAGCUCGAUUUACAACGAGUGGUGCGAUGACGACAACAAGAAUUCCGGCUGAGAACGGUCCCCAGGCAAGUCCAGCUGCAGGCGGUGCCGCAGUCGGCGCAGGCAAGCUCCCCAGGAAGUCGCUAGAGGGCUGGACACAUGAUCAUGAUGACAAUGCCUCCUGUCCGGAGGGUGAAAUCUUAGAAAGACGGAGAUCUGGAAGCAUGUCUCAGGUCCCGACUCCAGGUCUAAGGGUGGGCCGCGAUCAGAGCAAAGAAGAUGGCAAGCAGAGAAGACCAGCAGAAGUGCUUGAACCCCCGUCGCAAAAGGGAUCGCGAUCAAAGGGCGACUUGAAUGCCAAGGUCGAACAUGGAAGCCAGCUUGUUAAGAAUCAUGCUGAGAACGGGAUCGCGGUCCCAGGCUGGAGCCGACGUGGCGAGAUAGGCGUCGGGAAGGAGGGUCAAUGGGAUGCAUCUUCCGGCACCCACCACCUCAUUUCUGCAAGAGGAGGAGGAAGAGGAGUAGGAGGAGCAGGAGGAGGAGGAGAACGAGGCGGAGGAGGAGGAGCAGGAGCAAUUGCAGGUGGAGGGGCAAGGUCGUUGGCCUCGACUCGCAUAAUAGACAACCGCAUCACUAGCAGUUCUGGAAGUAUUUGGAAAGAGGAUAAGAUGGACUUGAAGCGAACUUCAAGGCCCUGGGGACCACGUGGAAGUAUCUUGGCUAAUCCUCCUAACUCUUCCGCCGACCGGAUCUUGACCACGUCCAACAGCAAUAGCUCCACUGUCAGCUACAGCAGCGCCCAUAGUCAUAGCGCGGUGCAUCGCAAUCGCACCCAGAGCAAUAGCAAUACCAAUAGCAAUAGCAAUAGCAAUAGCAAUAGCAAUAGCAGUGGCAAUGCCCAUGGCGCCGGCAAUAUCCUUAGCCUUAGUAUCUCUAAAUCAGCGAAUAGCCUUAGCAUGUCUAAGUCAGCGAAUCAGAUACACAGCAGUAUUUCUAGUAAGAGAUUGUUCAAUUCAACGGCGGGAUUCAGAACGCCGAAAGAAGGCCGACGCAAUGAAAGACGAACGAAUAACAUGUCCAGCAGUGAAGUAAAGAAGAGUCCAAGGCAACCCUUCACUUACAGCAGUCGUCUGUUUGCGGUUGAUCCAAGAGGGGCCCUCAACAGCAGAACUGGGGAUGCCUUAGGACUUCCAACGAAGGGCAUUGCCGCCCCCGUCAAUAGUCUCCUAAGGCAAAGACAACUGCAGAGGCGAAAGGAAGGCCAAUACGCUUUUACCAACCGUCUAAAGGCUGAGCCAUAUGCUGCUGGUGGAUCGUCCAACAGUGCCACUGAGGACAACAGAUUGGGGGAAAAUGGGGUGGGACCCCGAAAGGCAAUAGGCGUAGACCAUAGCCACCAGCCGACGGUUCGAUUCCCAUCUUCUAGCCAAGGCGAUGAUGUACCCAACGGGCUGCAUGCUGAUCACCAUGACCGGUGGCGGCAGCACCAGAAGCAGCAGCCUUCUCUGACUCUUUGUCGUCACGAAGAGCCAAGUCAGGUAAAAGUGGGGAGACAAGGACUUGAGGAGGAUAAGGGUAAGGAACGGUCAAGGAGUGCCGAGGAAGGGAAAGCCAGCGCAGUGGGACACGGGCACGAGAGGUCGGAUUUGGGAUAUCGAGAAAGGAAAGCUCACCCUCUGAGGACCCAGAUAGACAUAUACAGGACGACAGCUAAAAAUAGACAUAACCAGGACGAAGACGAUGACAAUGGGUACGACAACGAUGAUAGCGACAAUGAUGAUGAUGAUGAUGGUGAUGAUGGUGGUGACGAGGAAGAGGAUGAGGAGGAGGAAGAGGAGGAAUACGAGGAGGUGGAGGAGGAAGAGGAGGAGGAGGAGGAGGAAGAGGACGAGGAGGAGGAGGAAGAGGAAGAGGAGGAGGAGGAGGAGGAGGAGGAGGAGGAAGAGGAGGAGGAAGAGGAAGAAGAGGAGGAAGAGGAAGAGGAAGUGGAGGCUUCUGAGGUGAAGAAGUGUCAGGUGGAAAAGGACGAACAGGAGAGCCAAGAUAGUGAAGACGGGAAAAAUGGAGACUGCGAAGAUAGUGAAGACGGGAAGAAUGAAGACUAUGUAAAGGUUGGAAAUUCAAUUCCUGAGGUUGUGAUUAAUGCGUCGUCAGGUCGAGAAAAAAACCAUCAUGAGGUCGGGAGCGUUGAGUCGCCACAAACCUUUAGCAGAGCAUCAACUACCGAGUGUACCCUCGCUGUUGAAUCGUCGCCCUCAGAUGGUCGACUUCUUCAAGUCAACGACGCCUUCGAAAAACGGUUGGAUGGUGAUAGCUACGCGAAAGUGUGCCAAUCCAAGAAGGAUGAAGAACUUCCUUGCCAUGGAAAAAAUAGAGAGACGCCUGCUGCAGUUAGAGCCGAUGCAGGUUUGCCUACCUCUGGACCCUGUGUUUGUCGAUCAGCAGCCCACUGCUGUGACCCCUGUGUUUGUGAAUCGGGCGACUGCCAAGCUCCUUCCACUGCCGUUGCAGCCACUGCCUGUUUGGGAAUCUCGGGGAAGACAGCAACAACUGCAGGGGUAGAGGCAUUCCUGCAAGCUGAACCUAGGCGAGCACUGCCGUCCAACUGCUCAUUGUACUCCUCCCUGUGGUUGUCUAAGAUGUCGACAACCUGCUGUGAACCCUCAAUUGGCCCUCAGAAGGAGGUAACCGUUGCUCUGGCAGAGGUUAUGCAAAGGAAAUCUAACGGUCAGGAUGUUGGCCUUAUGUUGGAGGAGAGAAUGACGGACCUGCAGAAGGAGAGGGUGAGGUUGGCACAAAAGAUGCAAGGCCUGAAGAGAGUACGCCAGGUCCUUGGGGAAAAGGUUGAGAGUCUGGGAAAGACUUUGCGUGAAGCUUUGCUGAGGAGGAGAAGGAGAGAGCAAGCUCGCACUCAGGUGCACUCCGGUGUCGCACUCAGCUUAGAAACCAAGAACCUGGUACCGACAGGAGCGAUGUCGGGGGAGACCUGUCGUACUCGGGAGGGCCUGAGAAGAAGAGAGAGAGAGCUUUUACGUACACAUGCCAGAUCUGCAACGACCGAGCUAGAAGACAAGGUCAAGGUAGCAGCGCUACGUACGACGCAAACCUUGGACAGCAGCACCAGUCCCCACUCCCAACGCAGUUACUGUGGAGGUGGUGGAGAGCACGGAAAAGGAGAGGUGGAGAAUGGAGGCAUUGGAAUGGAUAGCAGGGAGGAAAAGGAUACAUGUAGCAGCUCCUUGGCACAUUCUGUAAGGGAUUUAGGUGACAGCAACAAUAACCACGCGGACAAGGCAGCAGCCUCAGAGAGGUGCGUAAAUGAAUGUAGUAGUGAUGAUGCUAUCUGCAGAGAAGAGAGCGAGUAUUGGGCAAGUACUGUCACGGAAUUGGAAGUAGAGACGAAUGAUGCAUCGGACACCCACCUCCCUGAAGGGAGUGCUGGCAGCAGAGUGAGAAAAAGAGCGGAAGAGCACGCAGGUAACCUUACGGAAAGUGCUGCAGUUAACUCAGUACCAUCUUCGUGCUUACGGCAUGAAGACGGCGACGGCGACGGUAAAGCACGCAGCUACCAUCUUCUUCCUUAUGACAAAAAGAUGGUGAUCGUCGAGGAGACAGAAGUGUUAGAGUGUGAGUGUGGUGCCCUUCAGGAAUGGCCGAACAGGGGAGACGGGAUCACCAGAGCAGAGGGAGAGCAGGAAACUAGGCUUGUGACAAGUGCUGCAACACAUUUCAAAGAAGACAGGGUAAUCGUAGGGAGGAUAGCAUCCUGGGAGAGCAGCAUUCAUGAAAAGGGAUACCAGAAGGAUGGGAGGAAGAGGCUAAAAAGAGAGUAUCCACCUGCUUGUCCUUCUGUGACAACACGGACAAGUGCCGGACCAGACUCGGAAGAGGGAGAUGGCAACACAGUAGCACAGAAGAAGGAAAGGUUGGACAGUGGCAUUCAUGAAAGGCGUGAUGAGGAGGACGGCGUGAAGACAUUGAAGAGGAAUAAAGGUGGAGAAAAUGCACCUACUUUUCCUGUGGCAAGUGGUGCCACAGACUUAGCAGGUGUGGAAAUAGCAUCAGUGAAGAUGACGGGAAUGUUAGAGAGCGGCAUUCAUGAAAGGGAUGGAGAGGAGGAUGGCAUGGUGACGAGUGAGGUGGAGACUGCACCUACUUGUCCUGUGGCAAGUGCCGCAGCGAGCUUUGAAGGAGAUUGCGACGUGGCAGCAAGGAAGACGAGAAGAUCGGAAAACCACAUUCAUGAAGGAGGUGGCGAGGAAGGAAUGAGGGGAGGAGGGGAGGAGAACGUACCUACUCAGGCUGAGAUAACAACAGAUCUAGAGGACGGGAAUGUGGUCGUUGACGGCACAGGAAUCACUCAGUCUGAGAGGUGUAGGGCGCAGAUUCCGCAGAGGAGUCGUGAUGAUGGAGUGAGCAGAACAGAGACAGAAUUCGCACUAAGCUGCAUCGAACAGAUGGGUAGUGGUGAUGAACAACCGAGCAGACUACUAGAGGCAGAGCCUGGAGGAUGCGGCGAAGCCAGUGACAGAGUGGGUGUAGCAGAUGAUGAUAUAGGAGAGCAGACAGGAACUUGGGAUAGCGAUGGUAGUGCAGAAAUAGACGGCAAGGUAGACCCCUCGGAAGUGGGUACUGUUGGGCAUGAAAGGGGUGGUCUUGAUGGUGGACUGGUGGGAGAAGGGACAGAAGGCUCAGAGACAAGCACCAGUGAAAGCGGUGGCCUCGGCAUGGGAAUCCGAGAGAUGGACUCCAAUGUAUCUAUGGCAAUUAUCAAUUUCUUGGCGGCCAUAAAGACAGAGCUGCUCACGAGAAAGGAGAGCUUGAUGGAGGAUGUUCAAAACUUGAGGCAAGUGUUGGCAUCAAUGUCCUUGUACUUAGCAACAGGUGCCCAAGGGGGCAUUGCCAAGCAGGAGGUUGUAAACGGAGGAGAUAAGUCAGACUUUGCCAGCCAGAAAGAGUUUCUGAGGUGCGAAAUGAAGCUAAGGGACCCAGAUGUUGUCAAAUUGCACAGAUGCCCUGUCGGGAGUAAUCGGUGUCCAGAGGACUGGUUCGUGUGUUCUCAGGAGGCCACUGGCGUGCUCGGGAUAACGGCAUGGGUGCGGGACUGCGAUCGGGGGAGGGCAACAGCCCGGGACCAUGAACGGGACCAGGAACGAGGCAGGUUCGGGAACAAGACCAGGAAAGAUGCUGCGCUUGCGACUGUAGAUUCCACAUCCGGUUCGCUGCCGGAGUCGGGUCGAACAACCUCGCCGGUAUCCAUACUGGAGACCCUGAGAUUGGUCACCUCAAGGUCUGAGAACAAGACCUCUGUCAAUGCGGAUAACGUGCCGCAGCUGCGCCAUGACCCAGAGGGAGUAGUUCAGCUCCACCAGUGUAGCAGAUGCCUUUCUCUAGAGCAUAAGUUGGCAGAGGCUGGAAGCAUUGCACAAUCUUUGGUGAAGAAACUUGAAGCUUUUGACUUCUCGCCCAUCAUGUUGUCCAUUAUCCAUCUAUGCACUGCAGGAAAAGACAUGUGAAAUACUGGAUUCUAUUCAGGGGAUGUGAUCUGACUAUGUCUCACUCUGAUUCCCAAUC